AUGGACAGCGCCCGCGAACAGCUUCAGGGACGCUUGGAUGCCGCCGGCUUCUGGCAGGUCUGGCAGCGCUUUGACGGAGAUGAGAAAGGAUACAUAGAAGAGAAGGAGCUUGAUGCUUUCUUUCACCACGUCUUGACGACACUGGGUACUGAUGCGGCGGUGGUAGAAGAAAAUGUGCGGAGACUGAAACAGAGAAUUAUGGCUCCCCAGGACGUCUCUAGAGCUGGUCGCAUACCAAUGAAAGAGCUUGCCACUAUGUUCUUGUCUGAGGAUGAAAACUUCCUUCUGCUUUUUCGUCAGGAAACCCCCUUGGACAGCAGCGUGGAAUUUAUGCAGAUUUGGCGCAAAUAUGAUGCUGACAGCAGUGGCUUUAUAUCAGCUGUUGAGCUGCGGAACUUCCUCCGAGACCUCUUCCGCCACCACAAAAAGGCCGUCCCUGAGGCUAAGCUGGACGAAUACACCGGCACCAUGAUGAAGAUCUUUGACAAAAACAAGGAUGGCCGGUUGGAUCUUAAUGACUUGGCAAGGAUUCUGGCUCUUCAGGAAAACUUCCUUCUCCAAUUUAAAAUGGAUGCUUGUUCCACUGAGGAAAGAAAGAGGGACUUUGAGAAAAUCUUUGCCCACUAUGACGUUAGUAAAACUGGAGCUCUGGAAGGCCCGGAAGUGGACGGGUUUGUCAAAGACAUGAUGGAGCUGGUCCAGCCCAGCAUCAGUGGAGCGGACCUCGAUAAGUUCCGGGAGAUUCUUCUGCGCCACUGUGAUGUGAACAAGGAUGGAAAAAUUCAGAAGUCCGAGCUCGCGUUGUGUCUUGGGCUGAAAAUCAACCCAUAA